AUGGCUGUAAAACUGAAGGAGGCUAGAGCAAUGCGAGCCCUUGCGUAUAAUCAAAUGGUAGAGACCCACGACGUAGCCUCUUCCGCGUUAGUACAAACUACGCUCAAGGGUUUAUUUUCAUUCCGGUACCAACGCGUUGAGGAAGUUGUACAGGAUUUUCGAAAGUAUCACGCGGCAGUUAUUUCUUGCCUAUCUAGCUUAACCGAACCGGAUUUUGAAAGCGAAGAUGCGGUGAGGAAAGAAUUUGAUCGAUUGUAUUGUGAAACCGGAGUCGCAUAUGGCGAACUUUUUCCCGCGUCCUCGGCAUUGAAUACUCCCACUCCUAGUGAUCAUAGUCAAACGAGACAAAAUAAUAUUCGUUUACCAAAAAUCUCGUUGCGAAACUUCGACGGCGAUUUUGUGAAAUGGUACCCGUUCAUUCAAACGUUUAAUACGGCAAUUCACAAUAACGAAUCCUUACCCCCCGUUGACAAAUUUCAGUAUUUGCUUAGUUGCCUGUCCGGUGAAGCAUUAAAUCUGAUAAAGUCGUUAACAUUAUCAGAGGAUAAUUAUCCGAUAGCAUAUAAAAUUCUAACCGAUCGGUAUGACGACAAACGCAAAUUGGCAGCUCAAUUUUUUCACGGGAUUAUGUCCAUCCCAAAGCUAACAAGGGAGUCUGCAAAAGCACUUCGCUCAGUACUCGACAGUUUCAAAGAGCAUCGCGGGGCUUUGGAAGCUUUAAAAAUUGCUGACAAUUUAGAAGAUUUUUUGUGGUUUAGCAUUCUGUUAGAUAAGGUAGAUGUGAAUACUAGGAAGGCUUUUGAGGCCGAAUGUCGGAUUCAAAAGAUUGAUUUUCCAACUCGCGAGGAUCUAGAAAACUUUAUUGAAUCGCAUUGUAAAGUACUAGAUUGUUGUCCGGAUCCCACAGGAGUUGCUCGCCUGAAAUCGUUUAAUUUAAGUGGCCCUAAAAGUCACAACAAGGCGUCAUUUGUUGUUACGUCUAACUCAGUAAAAAAAUGUCCGCUUUGCACCGAAACUCACAACGUCGUAAAGUGUCCAACAUUUGUACAAGCGUCGCCCUUUGAUCGAUAUUCAUUGAUAAAACCUACUAGGACUUGUUUUAAUUGCCUUAAAGAAGAACACGCGGUGAGUAAAUGCCCAUCAAAGGGGUGCUGCCGUGAUUGUGGUGGACGACACCAUACGUUAUUGCAUUUUAAAUCUCGUAAAACCUCGCAUGCGCCAUCGGAACCUGAUACCACGGAGGCAGAUACAAACAGAACUCCGUCAGAGUCUCUCACUUCUUGCAUUGUUCAUUCACUUGUCAGUCCCUUGAGUUACAAAAAAAAUAUCUUGUUGGCGACCAUAGUGUUGGAAAUUCGCGAUAGAUGGGGAAAUUUCCAAACUAUGCGCGCUUUGUUGGAUCCCGGUAGCCAGGCGUCUUUUAUUGAGAGUGCCAGUCUCAAUAAAUUGGGUCUACUCAAAACCAGAUCGACAGUAUCGAUUUCUGGAGUAGGCCAAAUUAUAACCAAUGCAUCGUACAUUACAUCUACGCAGAUACGGCCGCGUAAAUCUCGGCGGCCGACUCUAGAUUUAGAAUUCCAUGUACUUCCACGUAUUUGCGGCAAGCUCCCGGCAUCACCAAUAGACCCAUCACAAUCUCAGUUCUCUCGGGAGCUGGAUCUCGCGGAUCCCAGCUGGUACAAACCGGGUUCCAUUGAUGUGUUGUUGGGGGCAGACGUAUAUUCGGCGAUUGUCUGCAACCACAUGGUGGACCAUACCGCAACACCCGCCAUGGUUAAAACUAUAUUUGGGUGGGCUUUGCUGGGUCCGAUUCAAUCCACGUCGUUACCAUCUAUGCAGGCAUUACAUAUAUCGCUCCAGCCCUCAUUGAACGACGAAGUACAAAAAUUUUGGUCCGUCGAAGAAGUCCCAUUCAGGACAAUUGUUGCACCAUCUGACUCACAAGCUGAGGCAAUCUUUAGACAGAGUAUUUUUCGAGACCCGGGUGGUAGAUUUGGCGUCGCGCUCCCAUUUAAAACCGACGUAGUACCUAGUUUUGUAGACUCUAAAGCUAUAGCAGAUAGACGACUUCUUGCUCUUGAACGUCGUUUAAGUAAACAACCCGACAUUCGAGCACUGUAUUUGGACUUCAUGCGUGAUUAUUUGACGUCCAAUCACAUGUCUUUACUCACGGACGAAUUCCCUGAGGGUGAUUCGUUUUAUAUCCCUCAUCAUGGGAUAAUCAAACCCGAAGGGAAUCUGAAUAAGAUUCGCGUAGUGUUCGACGCCAGUUGCAAGGCGUCUAAUAAUAUUUCCUUAAACGACACAAUUCUCAUUGGUCCCAAACUGCAGGCAGACAUUGCCCAAUUAUUGUUAGUUUUUCGAAUGAAACCAGUUGCCUUUACCUGCGACAUUCGUCAGAUGUACAGACAAAUCUUGAUUGCUCCCGAACAUCGACGUUUUCAAUUAAUCCGUUUUCGAUUCGACGCGUCGGACCCAAUCCAAUCGUACCAGUUAAACACCGUUACGUAUGGAGUUGCUUCUGCCCCUUUUUUGGCUAUCCGGACCCUGCUGCACUUGGCAGACCUGGGCCACUUACAGUUCCCUUUGGCUUCCAAGGCAUUGAGAGAAAAUCUUUACGUCGACGAUCUUGUCUGUUGUUCUGAGUCACUAGAAGAGGCAACGGAAUUAAAGUCACAGUUAAUUCAGUUAUUGUCUUCGGCGUGUUUCGAGCUGAGAAAGUGGGCUAGCAAUUGUGUGGAAUUGUUGGAGGAUAUUCCCGAGGGCCACAAGCAGCUACAACCUUCCAAUUUUGAUAAGGACUUGCGAGUCGCCUUAAAGGUACUAGGGUUACAAUGGGAUGCUGCAUGUGAUAACUUUUCAUUCUCCGUAAAACCGAAUGAUUUACCUUGCACAAAAAGGAACAUUCUGUCGGAAAUUGCUCGGAUCUAUGAUCCUCUCGGAUUCUUAUGUCCUGUCUCGUUUUUGGCAAAAUAUAUUAUACAGUUGCUCUGGAAGGCCGGUGUUGACUGGGAUCAAGAGGUUCCGAUACCGAUUAGUCAAUUGUGGAAUAAUCUAAAAGAGCAACUUCCCACUCUAUCAUCUGUAAAGAUACCACGCCACGUACCACUCGUUGUCACAUCGGACUGUCAGUUACAUGGGUUUUGUGACGCAUCGGAAAGAGGAUACGGUUGUGUAAUUUACCUGAGAACAAUUACACAGGGCAUACCAACAAUUCGGUUGUUGAUUGCGAAAUCCAAAGUCGCGCCUUUGAAAUGUGUCUCCAUUCCUAGGCUGGAGUUGUGUGGAGCAGUACUGCUGGCCAAAUUGAUUGAUUUUGUUAAAAAGGCACUGGAAAGCACAGUGAAUUUCAGUCGCAUAUUUGCCUGGACGGAUUCGUCUAUCGUGUUGUCGUGGAUCCGUUCUUCACCUAGUCGUUGGAAGGUGUUUGUAGCCAAUAGAGUUUCUUACAUUCACGAUCGAGUACUACCUAGUUGGUGGAGGCACGUACCUACUUCCGAUAACCCCGCUGACGUAACAUCACGCGGGCUCUUGCCGGAGGAUUUUGUCUCAAGCUCCUUAUGGUGGGCGGGCCCGUCAUUCUUGAAACUUCGCGAACAGUAUUGGCCUCAAGAAUCACCUGUUGGGUCAGUCGACACAGACUUAGAAAUUCGCAAGAUCGAGCUAUUUGUUGCUCAAACCAAAGAGCCUACUAUUGGUGAAACGUUGGUCUGUCGGUUUUCCUCGCUUAGGAAAAUACAAAGAAUUGUUGCUUAUUGCCGGAGAGCGGUGCGAAAGGAGAAAGGUUCUUCAUUGUCGCUGACGGCGGCAGAACUCUUUGAGUCACUUUUGUACCUCAUAAGCGAGGUUCAAAAAACUGUCUUUGCCCAAGAAUUGUCAAGGCUUCAAAGAAGAGAGCCCUGUUCUAAAAGAUUGUUAAAUUUGUCACCUUUUGUGGACGAGAAGGGAAUUUUACGCGUAGGUGGGCGGCUUCGUCAUUCAACUUUGCCGUCGGCUUCUAAAUUUCCGGCCUUACUUCCGAGCAAACAUCACCUUACAGAUUUGUUGAUUCGUCAAAUUCAUGAAGAUAAUUUUCAUUGUGGCAUAAAUACAACCAUGUACUUAUCUCGUCAAAUUGUAUGGAUUCUGUCCCCUCGGCGCACAGUUCGACGUGUGCUGUCCUCUUGCGUUCGGUGUUUUAAAGCUCACCCUUUAUCUGCACAGCCAAAAAUGGGCGAUCUACCCGCCAUGCGAGUAUCCGAGGCAAAACCCUUUAGUUGCGUUGGUGUAGAUUACGGUGGACCCUUUUUAGUCUCGGUUGCUAGGAUUAGAGGGGCAACUGUGAUAAAGGCGUAUUUGUGCUUAUUCAUCUGCUUCGCCACCAAGGCGGUACACUUGGAAGUGGCAUCUAGUUUGUCCACGGAUGCAUUUAUCGCGGCACUUCGUCGUUUUGUUAGUCGCCGUGGUCGAUGUACACACAUAUUUAGUGAUUGUGGGACCAAUUUUUCCGGGGCAAAUCGCGAGUUUGUAAAGACGAUGAGAACAGCGGCCGAAUCACAGUUGAUUCAAUGGACUUUUAAUCCCCCCGCGGCACCUCACUUUGGAGGCAUUUGGGAGAGUGGGAUUAAGUCGGUUAAGACCCAUCUAUCUAGAGUUGUUGGCACCCAGAUCAUGUCUCUAGAAGAGUUCAACACAUUGAUAAUCCAAAUUGAGGCAAUGCUCAACUCGCGUCCUCUCUGUAAUAUGAGCUCUGACCCAAACGAUUUGGCUCCCUUAACCCCGGGUCAUUUUCUUACCAUGGAGCCACUCACAUCGCCUCCAAACCCCGACCUAUCUCAUUUGAAAAUUUCAAGGUUGUCUCGAUGGCAACUAGUGCAGCAUAUGCAACAAGUAUUUUGGCGUAGGUGGAAAAACGAGUACCUUCAUAGCUUGUAUCAGCGCGGCAAAUGGGCAGUCUCUAAGCACGUAGACAAUGUCGAAAUAGGUACGGUAGUCCUCAUCAAGGACGAUAAUACGCCUCCCUUGCAAUGGAGGAUGGGUCGCAUCGUGGAGUUAUUCCCUGGAACUGACUCUAUCGUUCGCGUUGCCACGGUUAAAACCAGUCACGGGACGAUGAAACGGCCCCUUGUCAAAUUGUGUCCGUUGCCCAACCAAUAA